AUGGCGCCCCAGGAAUUCUCGGAGUCCAAGAAAUGGUCCGAAUCCAGCCAGGAAGAGACCGUCCGCGUCGACGCAGAGUCCAUCCACGGAUCCACGACCUCGGGCGAUACAAUCGAUCAGAUGGAGGCGCUACGGACGCUGAACACGCGGGCUUCGAGAAUGUCGGAGCCGUCGUUGACCAGACGGGUCACCUCCAUCGGGACCACGGGGACCACGGAUCCCAACUUCGAGGUCGACUAUGAGGACGAUGAUGAUCAGGCCAAUCCGAAGAACUGGUCGUUUGCCUACAAAGCCAUGGCUGUGGCUAUUCUAUCGUACAAUACUUUGAUUAUCGUCCUGCAUUCGACAUCCUAUACCUCUGGCGUGGGGGUUAUUGCAUCCGAAUUCAACGCCUCUGAAACCAUCGUCACGCUGGGCUUGACGUUCUACCUGAUUGGGUUGGCCAUAGGAUCGAUGUUCAUGGCCCCGAUGAGCGAGAUCUAUGGCCGCAAGCCGGUCUCCAUCGGCUGUCUGGCCAUCUUCACUGUUCUGAUCAUCCCCUGCGCGCUCAGCAAAUCGAUCGAGUCGCUCAUCGUCGUCCGUUUCAUCGGCGCCUUCUUUGGCAGCGUCAUGAUCUCCAGUGCGCCGGGAAUGGUUGCUGAUCUGGUUCAAGAUGACCAGCGAGCCUUGGCCAUGUCCAUCUGGAGUCUUGGCCCUGUUAAUGGACCUGUGCUGGGUCCCAUCAUCGGUGGUUUCGUGACGCAGUAUCUGGGUUGGCGAUGGAUGAACUGGAUUGCCCUGAUACUGUCCGCUGUUGCGCUGGUCCUUGCCUGCAUCAUGCGAGAGACAUACAGCCCCAUAAUUCUGCAGAGGAAAGCCGCCAAACUUCGCAAGGAGACGGGCGACUCCCGCUGGUGGAGUCGAUACGACCAGAAGAUGGGCUUUGGCGAGCUCCUCAAGGUCAAUCUGGGUCGUCCAUUUGUCAUGGCGGUCACGGAACCUAUCUGUAUCUUCUGGAACAUCUACAUCGCCAUUGUCUACGGCAUUCUGUAUCUCUGCUUCACGGCGUAUCCCAUCGUCUUCCGUCAGAUCCGCGGCUGGUCCCUAGGUCUCUCUGGCCUGGCCUUUCUCGGCAUUGGUACCGGCUGUGUCAUUACUAUCUCCUGCGAGCCUCUGAUCCGCCGAAUGAUCAAUAGUCACAAAAUCGACCCGGAGACAGGCAAGGUGCCUAUUGAAGCCAUGGUUUCCGUCGUAUGCAUCUCGGCCGUGCUCAUCCCCGCCGGCGAGCUAUGGUUUGCCUGGACGUGCGCCCCAGCAUCCAUCCCCUGGAUCGUCCCGAUCCUCGCGGGCGUACUCUUCGGCACAGGUAACACCGGCGUCUUCAUCUACGCCUCUAACUACCUUGCGCAGAGCUACGGCGUGUACGCCGCGUCCGCCAUGGCCGGCAACUCGGUCAUCCGAAGUGUGCUCGGCGGUGUUCUGCCACUUGUCGGAUCGUAUAUGUAUGCGGGGAUUGGCCCCAACUGGUCCGGUACGCUGUUGGGAUUGCUCGAAGUGGCCAUUAUCCCGAUUCCGUUCAUCUUCUAUAAGUAUGGCUAUAAGAUCCGCCGGAAGAGUGCGCUGAUCAUGCGGAUGCAAAUGGAUCAGGCGCGGCUGGACGGAAAGCGAAAGAAACUGAUGCAGCGUAUUGAGACCAGCCAGGCUGCCGAGAAAAUGGAGGUUUAG